AUGCAACCGCCGCCGAGUCGGCCCUCGCGUGUAGACCUGACCGCGCUGAAAGCACGGAUUGUCAAGAGAAUCGGGCCGGAGAGGUCGGGGCAGUAUUUUCGCUAUUUGAACGGAUUUUUGAGUUUGAAGCUGAGCAAGGCCGAGUUUGAUAAGCUCUGCUGGAAGCUUCUUGGGAAAGACAAUGUUAGACUCCACAACCAGCUCAUACAUGCAGUUUUGAAGAACGCUCACGGGAAAGUCCCUCCACCAUUGCUAAAUAACGAUAGGGAUCUGUUGGGUACCAAUGAUGGGCCCAUCCCCCUGCAGAAUAAAGAUUUUAUUCCUUUUCCACCGCAAAGAUCGCCAAAGGGUAUCUCUGAGGGCCUGAACGGGAUAGUUAAUUUCGCCCCUCGUCUUCCGACGGCUGAGAACUGUAAGGUCAGUUUGGAAGAUCAGAAUCCUAAUUGUCUGGCUUUACUGAAGCCGGUGCAGCAUCAUCAAGAAGCAGAGAAAGACAUUAGACUGCCAAUUACGAAUAUACCAAGGAGCGGUUUAGUCGGUGCAAGAACCAAGGACCAGAGUAAGCUAACAAUUUCUAAAUAUGCAAAAGAAGUAUGCAUCAGACAUCAAGUCCACGCUCCUCUGGGAAUCUCACUCUGCCCUGCUAGGGCAGGUGGUGCCCAGAGAACCUUAGCACUCGCGAGCAAUAUUAGAUGUUCAAGCUUUCGUGAUGAAGGUGGGCUGCUAGAUACCAAGACAUUGAGAGACCGCAUGCAGCAGGUUGCUUCAGCUCAGGGGCUGGAAGGGGUGUCAAUGGACUGUGCGAGUUUACUGAAUAAUGGGUUAGAUGCUUACUUAAAGGGGCUUAUCAGGUCUUGCAUUGAGGCGAUGAAAACGAGAUGUGGGGGUCGGUUGAGAAAAAGCAGUGUCCACAUGAACGGCUUUUCAAAAGAUAAAGUCAUCUUGCCAAGUGAUCGAUUUUGGCUACAAAAUGUUGGUAGGCCUUUAGAAUUUAGGGAGGAAGUGAAACUCCCAUUUGUCAUAUCGAUGUUGGACUUCAAGGUUUCUAUGGAGCUAAAGCCUCAGCAGCCUGGGGAAGACUGGCCAUUGCUGCUAGAGAAAAUAUGCGCACGUGCAUUAGAGGGCUAA